UUUUGCUUUCAUCAUUUCGCUUAUCAAUUAGGUUCAUAUUGGUGAGAAAUGUGGCCCAGACCCCCGUUCAAUUAUCUAGUUGGUCUUAUUAAUGUCCUUUCCCCAACAAAAAGUGUACAUGCAGGUAACAAUGUUGAGACAAAACCUACACCCAUGGUACAUUGAUUACAGUGUUAAUAGGAUGGCCCCGACGCAAAACGGCCGACAAGCGACGACGCCCGUCCACAUUAACUCACAGCGCACAUCUCACAUCUAGCCUAAUGCAUAUAUGAUGUCUAUGGGUGAACGAGCAAGCUCCGUUCCGAUUGGCUGCUACGUUCAAGCACUUUUCAAAUCACCAGAACAGCUGACGGCGACGCUGUCAAAAACAUUCGGAGUGCGUGUACUGUCCGAGUUGUCUUGCAGUCCGCCAGAAGACAUGUGGAGCGGCCAGUUUGACUCUUCGUCGUCUGAAGAAGGCGACGACGGCCACGACGAUGACACACCUUUUCAGAUUUCCUGGGUUCCUUUGUCUGAAGUGGGCUCUUCCCAGUUUGUGGGCAUCUGUUCCCUUCCAGGUUGCAGGUUCAAAGACAUCCGCAGGAGUUUGCAUAAAGACGUCGAAGAGCUGCGCAAUCAGGGCGUACAGGACGUGUUUGUGCUGUGCACGCGCGGCGAGCUUUCAAAGUACCGCGUGCCCUCGCUUCUGGAGGUCUACCAGCAGAAGGGCCUCAUCGUACAUCACAUGCCAUUCCCCGAUGGGGAGGCGCCCCAGCUGGAGCUGUGUGCACGCAUCCUGGACCAGCUGCAGCACAGCCUGGAGGCCGACCGCAGGACUCUCAUCCACUGCUAUGGAGGUCUGGGCCGGUCUGCAUUAAUCACCGCCUGCCUGCUCAUCCAGCUUUCCAUCACCAUGACGGCCAACCAAGCCAUCGAUAUUUUGCGGGAGCACCGAGGACAUGGAGCUAUUCAAACCGUCAAACAAUACAACUUUCUGCAUGAGUUCCGAGAAAGAUACAGCACCUACCAAGAAAGCAGUGACGUUGACAUGGAGCGCUCAGUUUCUCGAUGAGCCACUCAGGACCAUGUGAUGUCAUCGACUGCACUUUAAAAAAAAUGCUUUUAAUAUAUUUCUUAGGGUUUUCAUGGAAUUGGGGUGCAAUUGUGGUAACCACGUAUGUCAGUCUGUCAAUAUUUCUUUGGGCAGGUUGUAACUAGGUGUAAAUCACCAAUUUCAUGAUGAUAGAUUCUUUAGACAAUGAUACAAUAUUUGCUUAUUCUGCCACGAUUUGAUGGAUUUAAUGCUGUAUGUAGACAUUUAACAUUUCACCCCCCAAAAAUGCACGGUAAUAUUUUGAAAAUUUUAUUGCUGAAACACUUCAUUUAAAUGAAUUCUUUUGAACAAAAUGUCAUUUCUAAAAGAUGUUGAUGCAGUGUUUUUCAUUUUGUCUUUACACCCCUAGUUUUAACUGUAAAAGCUAAUCAUGUUUUGUGGACGUGCAACGACAAUUUUUUUUUUU